AUGACAGACCACUACUUCCCCUCUCCGCAAAGCCUUGCCUUCCGUCAGCUCUUCCACGCACGCAACAAUCAGUCGGCGCUGUACUGCUUCGAUAUGAAGGACGUGUCAUCUGUGAUGCCGGAGGACGUGGCAGCGGCAUUCCGUGAGGCACAAGAGGAGGACUGGGGCGGGGAGGUGGACGAGGUGGACCCCAGCCUGCACUACUACGAUGACGAGAUCCGCGAGAAAGUUCUCGAGUGCUGCAAAAACCCCGAUUCCAUCUCCGAGGACGCCGGCGCUGCUGUUCCGCUCGCGCCACGGAUUGGCCGGCAUCUCCGCCCCUCCAUUGAGGACCGCGAGGAGCUCUACCGUGUGCUCGUGACGGAGCCGAUGGAGGGCACCCUUGUCGACACAGACGCAGAGAUGUGUGCGCUAUUUGAACAGGAGCAGCGCUGGCGGGCUGCCUUACCGAACCUGUUCAACGGGCCGCAACAAGAAGGCAGCCACAGUGGCAAGCGGUGCAAGGCAAACGGCGGCCACGGUGCCGACGAGAAUGACACCGACCAUGCUCAUCCAUCCGCGGGCGCGAAUGUGACGAAGCAGCAGAGCCACAACAAGGCGGUAAAGAGGGGUCACGGCGCGGCAGCGGCGAACGGCGCCGGCGUCGACGCGGCAGCAACCCACAGCCCGUCCGUCGCUGGAUCAGCCAUGCCCUCGGCGUUGCCGCCGCCGCCGCCGGCAAAGUUCUUGUAUCCCAUACCCAGGGCAAUAGCCGUGCGCUUGACAACGGAGGAAGAGGAGGAGAUGCGCGCCGAGUAUUGCCGUCAGCGUCGCAUCCCGUACGUCGCCCCGGCAUUCCACAGCGUCAGUACAGCAACGGGGAACCGCGCCGACGCCUGUGCUGGCGGAUUUUCUGCUCAGCAGCAGCACUUGGCGCCGCGGACGCCGUUGCCCGUUGUGGAGCGUCGCCACUACCACUUCGAGGACCACCCCCACUACCGCGACGGCCGCGUCCAUCUUGUCGAGGAGCACGGCGUGCUCUACCACUUUGCCUACUUUGCCAAGCGGCAGUCCCAGACGGCGACUGCCGUUGCCGCUGCCGCUGUCGACUCCUCGCGCGGCCCCCAAAAAGCCGUGACGACGGGAGACGCUGCGCCGUCUGGAGUGCUGGCAGCCAGUAAGACGCCGACCGUCCGCGGACGUUGUUUGCACGAUGUGGUGUACUGCGAGAAGCCGUCUGCGUCACCGGCGUCGAGCAGCAAGCACGCCGUUGCAUCGUCCUUGGGGUUCGGGGGUAGUGAGCCCGAGGUUGCGCCGCCUGUGCGCUACACCUGGUGUGCGCGCUGUGGGGAAUGUGUGACGCAGCGGAUGGACUACACUCAGCUGCGCCGGCUCAAGUCCACGCGCGUGCAUCGCCGCGCUGUCCAGAAGCGGCUGCCUGACAGCGACCAGGAUUCGCCCAGGGAGAGGGACAGCGUGGACGAGGUCGACUCGAACACGGAGCGUGUCGACGAGGAGGGCGAGGAAGAGUUCAUCAUCAACAUCAUGCCUGUUCGCGUGGUCGGCAUGGAUGGUCUGUUGCCGUCCCGCAGCCGUGGCACGCCGUGGCUGCGCAGGUACGAGCAGGAAAGCGAGGCGGCCGAGGACGCCUACAUCGAGCAGCUUGAGCAGAAGCCGCCCGUGAUGCGGGUGUGCCGUUUUAUCGAAGGCUCCGUCGGGGACAAGAUCGUCAAUCGUGCUGCGCUUGUCACGCUGCUGUCGUAUCGUCCCAUGUGUCGGCAGGCGGGGCUCAGCGAUGCCCUGACGCGGCCCAUCUGGUCCAUGUGCGUGCUGUCGAACAUCCCGUACCUGCAGAUGGUGCGGGAGACCUUCUUUAGAGCCAAGGCGGCGGUCGCGGAGGUGGACGACGACGAUCUGCUGCUGCGCGACUGGCUCGGCAUCGUCGAUCGCGAGAACAACUUCUACAACUUCAUCAACGCGAACCUGCACAUGACGCGUAACUACGCCCCACCGGAGCGGACGGUGCGGCAGCGCGAGCAGGCCGAGCAGACCGACGGUGUCGCCAGAGCAGGCACAGCAUCGAGUCGGAGGACGACUACCGGUGGUGGCGGUGGCGUCAGAGAGGACAGCAGCGUCGGCAUCGGCCCUCCAGGCUCCUCGUCGGUGACGUCACCGUCGCUGCUAAAGACGGACGUGUACUCCGCCGUUGAAGAUUAUAGCAACCCCGCGGCGAGUCACGCGGUGCAUUCCGCAACGUCGGCGAGCGGUGACGCGACAUCGCCGUCGCGCCGUGGGGCAGCCCCCACUGCGGUGGUGGCAGCGCGCGCGUCGGCCGAGACAGCCGGGCAGACGACAGACGCGGUGGCGCAGGGCGUAUGCGGCAAGAGGGAAGACAAGAACAGCGACUUGAAGCCGACGGAACGCGACGGCGCGGAUCUGCGCAGUCGCCACCUCACACGCACUCUCGAGGAAGCCACGGUCGGGCGACCCGAGGGCCACGACCCGCGCGACCAGGCCGAGGAGGACGAAGACGACGAGGAUGACGCAGAGGACGAGGGCAGGGAGCGGGGCGCCAGCGACGGCGCCGGCGAGAGCGACGCGGCUGUCAAGACCGCUGUACGGCGUGAAAAAGGCAAGAAGAAACUGCAGCACAAGGACUUGGGGCUGCCAUCGCUCUGUUUGGACACCCCGUCUCCGCUGGCGUCAUCAACGGACCAAUGUGCCGCGGAUUCUGCCGCCGCAUCGACAUCACCUUUCACGGAGGAUACGAAACAGACGAGAGGUGACGGCCAGGGUAACCCCGUAGCGGCGAGUGGGAUGGGCGGACUGCCUGCUGCUGUCGACAGUCGCUAUGGGGCCCAUCGACACCGCAGUGGUGGCAAUGAGGAUGGUGAGGAUGAACCUGGUGGCGAGCCCCCAGUCACGACCACCACCACCUCCCGCACACUGCCAAACGCCGCGUCGGCUCGCGCCACCCCCGGGCUGGGCAAGAGUGGUGAAGGCGACGCAAUGACACCCUGCGCGGACAACUUCGACAAUGAUGAUGAUCCGGACCUGCGCACGGAAGAAGAGCGCCGCCGCGCACGCGUUAGCGUCGCGAGGACAUCAGAGACGAGUGUUUCCUCGCUCCAGCAGCCGACAGCACCAUCAACGGUAGCGGAGGAGGCGCGCAGUGCAGAGAAGCAGCCGCACCAGCAGCGGCCAGAGGUGCCGCCGCGGCCGAAUUUUCAACUCUUUUCAUCCCGCCUUGAGCCACAUGCGCCACUGUCGCUCUACAAGCUCUUCGACUACGAUGCCAGCGCUGACCAAGCUGCGAAGAGGACGGUCACGCAGCUGGCCGCCGCCGUUGCGGCUGGCGUAGCCGCCGACCAUAAAAACAGUGUCGGCAGCCGAGAUGAAGACGGCGCGGACCAGGCAACCGCCGCCAGUGCCGCUCCAGAAGUCGCCACCACCGCGUGGCCUAGCUACGUUCAGCGCGACAUCCUACGUGAGAACGAGCGGCAGCAGGCGGAGCCGAAAGCCACGCGGCGCCUUAGCCAUGCCCUGUACGAGUGCGGCAUGCUGGCCACCACCCGAGGCCGCAACUUCCUCUUUCUCCUACGUGAGGACUGCGUGCGGGCGCUGCUCUUCUACUGCUCCGCCGCAGCAGCACCCAUCUUUAUUGGCGCGUACAUCGAGCCAGUGGACACAACGAGCCUCAGCUACGGUGGCGCGGUGCGGCUGCGACGGCCGAGCACCGUCGACAUCGCGCUCGACGGCAGCGACGAGGAUGACGGCAGCCGCGCCGCUCCGGCGCGCAACUACGUCGGCCAGCGGGUAGUCAUCGGGCAGGUGGAGGGGAUGGAGGUGAUGGCCGAGUACUUCAAGAGCAAAGGCCUCAUCACGUGCUUCAGCGUGUCGGAUGUGGACAAGGCGGCCCCCGGGCCGAGUGCCGCGCACCGACUGCGCAAGAUGAUCUUACCAACAAUCUCGUUAUCCACCUCCCAUGCACAGCACCGCAGCAGCGGUGGCCCUGCAGGGGAGGCAAGCUCGUUAGCGGCUCAGCAGGCGCGAGAGCUGGCACAGUACGGUCACGUCUUCACCUACGCCGCCGCCGAUUUCUGUGAUGGUGACUUAGUCGUCUUCAAUUUCGAAGAGCGGCGGUGGGAGCACUACGAGCACCUGCAGCUGCGCCGACGAUUCGCUGCAAAGGCAGUCACAAGUGCUGCCGAGGCGGUGGCGACGCCGGCAUCCCAGAUGCCGGUGAAAGCCGCCGAACCAACGUCCACGGGCAACGUAGUGGUAGCUGCUGACGGCAACCAGAGCAACGCCAACUCCGUCGUGGACCCCUCCAUGUCCGCCAGACUCCUGUGCGUCGGGCUGGAUGAGCUGCUGCUGAGCUGGACCAAGUGGAUCGUUGACAACCGCUUCUACGAAGACCGCACCGACCUGGGCUGGCUAAGCCUUCCAGACGGCAGCCCUAUCCAACUCGGCGGUCGCUACUUUCUCUGGAGCUUCCGUCACAAUUAUCAGCGCUACUUCUACGGCGUCAUUCCGAAGUUCGCCAAGGGGCGUCUGCGGCGGCACAAGAUGAUUGAACGCAACCGUAGCAAGAAGAAGGACGCGGAGGCGCCGCGCCAGCAAGCGCAGCCGCUGGCGGGGAUAUUGGCAGUGUCCCCGGCGAGUGCGCAACGGUCGAGUGACGUGUCGUUGGCGCGUUCGGCACCGUCGUCUCCAGUGCUCGCCACCGCCGUUGCCGCUACCCCCUCGUCUCCCGUCAGGCCCAGCUACAAGAGCCCCUGGCAGACAAGCGACACGCUUGAGGCGCAGCAAGAAGAAGAACCACGGCGGCGCGGCGGCAACACCGGCACCGGCAGGCUGCUUGCGGAUCCGACUCUUGGUGAUCAAGCUUCCUCAUCUCCUCCGCACCCUGGUCUAGGCGUUUCACCAUCUGCCCACGCGGGUACAACGCAGAAACCACCUCUGCCGCAAGAGCAACUGUCAACGUCGGCAGCUGCACAAGCCGUAUCAACAGCGGCUGCAAUCAGUACACACCCUGCAUCAAUGCAUCAGCGCCAGCGCCGCUCCUCUCCCCAUCUUCAGACGCAGCAGCCGAUCGCCGCGACAUCGGCGCCUCUGCCGCUGCCUCACCGCAUGAACCCGUUCUAUAGCGACAGCAUCUCUUACUCGGCGCCAGACGCGAACAUCACUCUUCUACAGCAGACGAUGCCGCAGGGGGCCAACAAUAAUGCCACCGCCUCGAACUUGAGCGCUGCGCCAGCAACAGCAGGAGAACAAGCACAGCAGAGCAACUUCGCAAGCUCCCUCAACUCUGCCGGCGGCUUCUCCACGCACGUCGGCAGCAACGCGGCCCGGCCCACCCUCUGCCCACCAAAGAUCUCGACUGAAUCGCUGAGCACCACCGCGACGACGACGACAACAGCAGCGCGUCGUGCCCCCUUUCUGAACCCACCACCGCAGCAUCCACUCAGAGGUAGCCGCAACCAUCUCAGCAAACCCAGCAGCCCCGCCAUCUACAGCUCUGGACAACAGAUUGGCUUCGGAGGUGGGCCAAACUACUACUACCAGUACGGCGGUAACACAUUCAUACAAGACGGAAAGCGGCACGAGAACGAGUACUACCCGCCGCUGCCCACGAGCACUCCCUUCCACCCUGUCACGGCCAUCACGAAGCUCGUGCCGCUACCUCACCCAAAGACAGGGCGCGGCGGUAUUCCGGCCAUCUUCCGCUUCUGGGGCCCCAUCGGGUCGCCAGCGCCUCGCACGCCAGUUGCCGCGUCCUCGCUACCAAACGCAGGUGGAGCGGCGCCCACAGCCUCCGUGGCCGCCAUACCGAUCUCACUGGUGCCACAGCAGAUUCAUCCACUGUCGCCGCGGCACCCCGCUACGGACUCGCCCUCUGCCAGCAGCUCCGUCGGCGGUGGCGAGAGCAUGGGUGUGAGCCUCGUGGAGGCACACCACCACAGUACUGGUUCUAGCCUCGGCGCUGGCUCGCCCACCGCACCGGCAACCGCUCCCGCCUCCGCUACGCCUGCCGCCGGCGCAUCAGCCGUCAACUUGACGGUCCACGUGCGUCGGCGCACAGGUGGUGGAAACACGGCAGCGAUCAGAGUGGGUGGCGGCGCUUCUUUGGCACCGCUGCAGCUACCCUCGCAGGGCACCUCCUCGCUCGGAGCCUCACUAACGACGCUCACGACGACGGGGCCUUCCAUGGGGCCGGGCACACCCUUCAAGCAUAGCCCCCUAACUCCAUCAAACCGUCCUAUAACGCCGUUGUUCGCUCACUCCGCGCCGGCGCAACUGUUAGUUUACGAUAGCGGGUCGCAGCGACUCUCGCCGACCAGCAUGCUCCCUACCAACCUCAUUAACGAAGGAUCAAAGACCAAAGGCGAGUCGGUGCUGCGGGUGGACGAGGACAUAUACAUGCAGCGGGAGGCAUUCCGGUGGAACCCGUAUGCGAGCACCAAGUGGGCGCAGAACAGAAGCUACAGCACCGACGGCAGUACCAGCGAUGCCCGCGAUAAUCGUCCUGUGGAGGGUGGCAGCGGAAACAGUUAG